CCUCCAUAUCAUGUGAUUCAGGUGUUCCAAUCCCCUCCAUAUCAUGUGAUUCAGGUGUUCCAAUCCCCUCCCAAUCAUGUGAUUCAGGUGUUCCAAUCCCCUCCCAAUCAUGUGAUUCAGGUGUUCCAAUCCCCUCCAUAUCAUGUGAUUCAGGUGUUCCAAUCCCCUCCAUAUCAUGUGAUUCAGGUGUUCCAAUCCCCUCCAUAUCAUGUGAUUCAGGUGUUCCAAUCCUCUCCAUAUCAUGUGAUUCAGGUGUUCCAAUCCCCUCCAUGUCAUGUGAUUCAGGUGUUCCAAUCCCCUCCAUAUCAUGUGAUUCAGGUGUUCCAAUCCCCUCCAUAUCAUGUGAUUCAGGUGUUCCAAUCCCCUCCCAAUCAUGUGAUUCAGGUGUUCCAAUCCCCUCCAUAUCAUGUGAUUCAGGUGUUCCAAUCCCCUCCAUAUCAUGUGAUUCAGGUGUUCCAAUCCCCUCCCAAUCAUGUGAUUCAGGUGUUCCAAUCC